GGCAAGCCAAGUCCUUUUUGGUUGCACCUGGUCCUCAAAGACUACAACCGGGAUUCAUUUGUAGAAAUUCAACCAAAAAACCAAGGAGAGAAAAACAUAGAUACAUAAUAAAUAAGCAACUAGAGGUAAAAGAUAAGUACCACACCUCUCUCUCCCACUUAUAAUCUCAUGCACUUUUUCCUCCCAUUAAUAAUAAUACUAAAAAGCUACUCCUGUUGGCAGAAGCAAAAAAGAUAAGAUUUUUAAUUGGACAACAAGAACUGCCUGGCCAUGGUAUAUAGUUGAGAAAAGAUAGAAGGUAGGUUUCGUUUUGCCAGUUUUUGUUUGAUGAGCUUUGGGAGAUAUGUCAGGUGGUGCUUGUAGCAUAGUUUGGUUCAGGAGGGAUCUCAGAGUUGAAGAUAAUCCGGCACUUGCAGCUGGUGUUAGAGCAGGUGCUGUUGUGGCCGUUUUUAUAUGGGCACCUGAAGAAGAAGGCCAUUAUUACCCUGGGAGGGUGUCAAGGUGGUGGCUUAAGCAGAGUUUGGCUCAUCUUGAUUCUUCUUUGAGGAGUCUCGGUACUUGUCUCAUCUCAAAGAGAUCUACUGAGAGUGUGUCUUCUCUUCUUGAGGUUGUUAAAUCUACUGGUGCUACUCAGCUCUUCUUCAAUCACUUGUAUGAUCCUAUAUCACUGGUUAGGGAUCAUCGUGCAAAGGAGGUAUUAACAGCCCACGGUGUAGCAGUGCGAUCUUUCAAUGCAGAUUUACUUUAUGAACCCUGGGAUGUAAAUGAUGCUCAGGGCCGCCCUUUCACUACUUUUGCUGCUUUCUGGGAAAAAUGCCUUAGCAUGCCCUAUGACCCUGAGGCUCCGCUUCUUCCACCUAAGAGAAUAAUCUCAGGUGAUGUGUCAAACUGCCCUUCGCAUCCAUUGGCGUUUGAAGAUGAAUCAGAGAAGGGAAGCAAUGCACUUCUAGCUCGAGCAUGGUCACCUGGGUGGAGCAAUGCUGAUAAGGCAUUGACCACAUUCAUUAAUGGACCUCUAAUUGAGUACUCUAAGAAUAGAAGAAAGGCUGAUAGUGCUACAACCUCAUUUCUCUCUCCCCACUUGCAUUUUGGGGAAGUGAGUGUGAGAAAAGUCUUUCAUCUUGUCCGCAUCAAGCAGGUUCUAUGGGCCAAUGAAGGGAACGAGGCUGGAGAGGAGAGUGUGAACUUGUUUAUCAAGUCAAUUGGACUGAGGGAAUAUUCAAGAUACUUGAGUUUUAACCAUCCUUACAGUCAUGAAAGGCCUCUUCUCGGGCAUCUUAAGUUUUUCCCUUGGGUAGUGGAUGAGGGCUAUUUUAAGGCAUGGAGACAAGGUAGAACUGGUUAUCCACUGGUGGAUGCUGGCAUGAGAGAGUUGUGGGCCACUGGCUGGCUACAUGACCGGAUAAGAGUUGUAGUUUCUAGUUUCUUUGUAAAGGUUCUGCAGCUUCCUUGGAGAUGGGGUAUGAAGUAUUUUUGGGAUACCCUCUUGGAUGCAGACUUAGAAAGCGAUGCUCUUGGUUGGCAGUAUAUAUCUGGUACUCUUCCAGAUGGUCGUGAGUUUGACCGCAUAGAUAAUCCACAGUUUGAGGGUUACAAGUUUGACCCACAUGGAGAAUAUGUCCGACGGUGGCUUCCUGAACUGGCAAGACUGCCAACUGAUUGGAUACAUCAUCCAUGGAAUGCUCCUGAAUCUGUACUCCAAGCUGCUGGAAUUGAGCUUGGGUCAAAUUACCCUCUACCUAUUGUAGGAAUAGAUGCUGCAAAAGCCAGGUUGCAAGAAGCACUUUCAGAGAUGUGGCAACAAGAAGCAGCAUCAAGGGCUGCAAUUGAAAAUGGAACUGAGGAGGGCCUUGGAGACUCUUCUGAAUCAGCGCCAUUUGCCUUUCCUCAAGACAUACAAAUGGAGGAAAACCUUGAACCAGCAAGGAACAAUGCUCCAGCUACAACCCGGCGUUAUGAGGAUCAGAUGGUUCCUAGCAUGACUUCUUCUUUGGUGAGAGGAGAAGAUGAAGAACCUUCUUUGGAUCUUAGAACUUCAGCAGAAGAGAGCAGAGCAGAAGUUCCAAGAAAUUUAAGUAUGGAUCAAGAACCACGAAGAGACAUAUUAAACCAAGGAGUUCCACAAACAGUUCGUAACAGUAACACUUUUCUGCAAUUUAAUAUCCCAACGGGGGUGGGAAAUGCUGAGGAUUCCACAGCAGAAUCUUCUAGUAGUAGUGGUAGGAGAGAGAGGGAUGGAGGAGUUGUUCCAGUUUGGUCUCCUCCAGCUUCUAGUUAUUCAGAGCAGUUCAUAGGUGAUGAAAACGGUAUUGGUGGGAGCUCAUCUUAUUUGCAGAGGCAUCCACGGUCCCACCAAAUAGUUAACUGGAGGCGUUUAUCUCAAACUGGGUGAAACAGAUACACCCCAAAAGACUGGAAUCUUGCAGUUGGAGAAUGCCAAAAUGCCCUUGUGGGCUAAUGGGAUGAUAGCAUGCCUCUUUAUCUACCCCCAUCUGUCAGUCACCAAUCUAACUUGAUCAGCAGUUGACCUGCUAUGUGUAUGAAACUUAAAAUUGAUACAGCAGCUGAUCUGCUCUCGUUUUCCCCCUAUUGUAUCAUAUACAUAGUUCUGCUGUAUAGUAUUUUGUCUUAAGAAAGGGAAAAGAGUCAUGGUAGAAAUGUGUAGUCCUCUAAUAAAACCAGGUUUGUGUAUUUACUCUUAACUGAUUAGGAAGUUAUUUAUUGUAAUUCAUAUUUGUGCUACCUAUUUGUUUUUCCA